CCCGUAGGCCUGCGGUCCUUUUCCUCCCCGGCGGCGCAAGGUGCUGUGUCCUUCAGCUGAAGCUAAGGCCGUCCACCCCGGCGACUGGCACCGCGCCCCGCCCCGCCAUGGCCUCCGUCUCCGAGCUCGCCUGCAUCUACUCCGCCCUCAUCCUGCACGACGAUGAGGUCACCGUCACGGAGGACAAGAUCAACGCGCUCAUCAAGGCGGCCGGAGUGAACGUGGAGCCGUUCUGGCCCGGCCUCUUCGCGAAGGCGCUGGCGAACAUCGACAUCGGCAGCCUCAUCUGCAACGUGGGAGCGGGCGGCGGCGGGGCUCCGGCCGCGGCUGCUCCUGCCGGCGGUGCUGCACCAGCGGGCGGUGCUGCCCCGGCCGAGGAGAAGAAAGAAGAGGAAAAGAAAGAAGAAUCAGAGGAAUCUGAUGAUGACAUGGGCUUUGGUCUUUUUGACUAAUUACUUUUGUACCCAACUGUAAUAAAGAACAUGUAAACGUA